AUGACACUGCAAGCUGGGGAUCCAUUGCCUGCGGGCGAUCCUUAUGGCGUUAGUGUCUACUUGCCAACAUGGAAGGACACAUUGGCGUGGGCUCAACGCCAUCCAGAAUUUCUGGCGAAAUUGAGAACCGCUUAUCCUCGAUUUUUCAUCGCGCGCGUAGUCUUGGAGUUGGCAGCGGAGAUACUCAAACGUACAGAAAUCUCUUUUGCAGAGCCACAGCUUGCAAUCCUGACACCAGCAUAUCGCGCUGCUGAGUCUUGUCGGUCUUACUUUGCAAAGGUCGGCAUUCCCGACAGUCAAAUCAUAUGCGUACGAAUUUCGGGUGAAAUCACCGUGGUGAAAGACGGGAAUGUGCCCUUAGACAGUACACCAGAUAGACAGCUAUACGCUGUAACAUAUCCUGAAAGUCGAGCACCAGAAGGCAAAGCGUUCUGGCAACAUACAGGAGCCGGAAUUACCACACGAACCGCUGUUCAUUGGUUGGAGCAUGCGCCGUUUCUCCAGAACAGACAGGUCUACGCAGAAAAGUCGCCUGCAAAGCUACCGUAUGAAGAGGGAGACAAGGCUACGGUUACGAUACGUGAGCGGAUUGCGGUUUCAGUGUCGUCUCCAUCUCUUACCGUCCAUGUUGAUGAUGUGACACUGUAUCCGACAGGCAUGUCCGCUAUCAGCAACACUUCACUAUCCAUACGUAGUCUGUUCAAUAGACCAGAUGGCAUUCAUCGAGUGGCAGUUUUCGGGUUCUUGUAUGUCGAUACGUUCAAAGUCCUAAGCAAGAUCCAUAGCAUGGAUUGUAGCUUGUAUGGUAACGGCACAAAUGAAAACCUGGAUGCCCUGGAAAAAGAUUUGGACCACGGUCUCAUUAUCGACGCUCUGUAUACCGAGUUUCCUGGGAACCCUCUCCUUCGAUCACCUGAUUUAGAACGCUUGUACAAAUUAUCCCAAAAGCACGGAUUCGUCGUAGUAGUGGACGACACAGUUACUACAUCAAUCAACGUCGCUCUUUUCCCCUACUGCGAUGUCAUAUGCUCCAGUCUCACCAAAAUGUUUAGCGGAGGUUGCAAUGUCAUGGGAGGAUCAACUGCUUUGAAUCCAAAAUCACCCUGGUACUCCAAACUAAAACCUGCUGUUGCGAAGAACAAACCAGAGCCAUACUUUAGCCUUGAUGCCAUAAUCAUGGAAAAGAAUAGUCGAGAUGUUACAGAGCGUGUCCUAAAAGCAAGUGCCAACACCGAAAUGGUCGUCAAUAUGCUCAAAGGCCACCCGGCAGUGGAUGAAGUCUUCUAUCCUAAGGGUAGCUCAUCGCAGGAUCUUUACGAUAAGUUUCGAAGGAGUAAAGGUGGAUACGGGUUUCUCGUCUCGAUACGUUUUGUGACGCCCGAAGCGGCGAUUGCGUUUCAUGAUGCGUUGGAUGUAGCCAAGGGACCUAGUCUGGGGACCAAUUUCACGCUGUGUUGUGCAUAUACGCUGUUGGCGCACUACUCGGAACUGGAUUGGGCAGCAGAAUACGGCGUGGUUGAGCACUUGGUUAGGAUAAGUGUUGGGAUUGAGAGUGAAGAUGUUCUCAGGGGUGUUGUUAAUAAAGCUCUUGCUGCUGCGGACAGGGCUCUUAUUGCUACGAACGGUUCAUAG